AUGCCUGCCACGUUUCACCAUCCUCCUUCGCUCAGCAGUGCUCUGAGCAGCCUGCGAAGCCAGGAGUUACUAAGCCCUCCAAUCUCCAACAAGAGUGCCGAAGACAUUCCAUUCAAGGCGGAAACGCCGGAUCAUCCAAGCUUGAACAUGAAGAAGAGAAGGAAUCAUCGGCAUGGACGGCACGAUAACGUCUGUCGGCCUACAAAAGCUGGCUACAAAAAGAAGGCUCGCCAGUGCAAAGACCAGGGAUCGGGUACCCGACAUCGCUCGUAUUUCCUGCGCAGAACCCUAUCUCUGCCUUCUGUCCAACCUCGAUUUGAUCUGGGAACGGUCAAGCUUCUUCAGAGUCCUCAACGCAGAGCGCGCCGAUGGACAGUCCCUACCAAAGCAUUGUCCACUCAAGGGCUUGCCACUCUUGUGCCGGUCGACGCCAAUGCAUGUACAGCUGAUCCGCCCUCCGCAAUGAGAUUCGAUUCAAACCGAAGCCCCGCGAUGAUAACGCUUCGUCGAGCGACCACUUCAAGGUCGCGGAAACAAGCUACGCUGACAUCAUUUCCACCUCCCAAAUUCAGGCGGCAUGGGAGUGGUCUUCUCUCGAUGUUCUUGAACUCGAUUACUGGAUACGACGAAGGUGUUAACCACGACGAUACGGACAGAGAUCGGACGAGGCCAGUCGCACAAAAGCCUCGAGAAGCGUCCACGGUCGGGAAGGACGACAUUCAUCCUUCGACGAGCUCCGCUGCUCCACCCGUCCAAACCGAAGUCGUUGCGGUAGAACCACGGGAACCGUCUUCCGGACCAAAUCAGGCGGCCGAGCCCGUCCGUCGGUGCUCAACCCGCUACGUUUCGGACAACGUGGUGUACGAGAUCAUUUGGGAUGAGAAUUGUUCAUUGAGCAGCUCUGAUGGAGAGCUUCCUAGCCCGCCUGGGCAAGCGUCACUAUUGCAGAGUCGAGAUCUCAUUGGGCCAGAGACAUUGGAGCGACGACUGUCGAAGGCCCUGUCCCAAUCAAGACGAGCUUCCCACCAGGAAGAUUGGAGAAACAAGUCAAGCUAUGUACCUGACAGCACAUUGUCUACGCACGGCGUGUGGAACAAUCCCAAAAUAAUUCGACUUCUGCGUGAACCAGCUUCCAGGAAUCUACCUCAUUCUAGAGCCUUUAAACGCGGCAAGAUGCGCCUCUCUUCAUCAACAGACGUGGAGGUAGACGAGGGCUCGAAGCGAAGAGCGCUUGAAGAGGCAUCCACCAACGGUGUCGAGUUCUUCCCUCCACUCCGAAGUCGGGCGAACACGAACGGAAGCGGGAAGGCAAAAGCUCCGUGGUUCAUAAACAUUUGGGGAACAGCUGAGCGACUAGGUCCGCUCCCAUUCGAUCUGUUGGAGGAAGGCUCGGGAUUAGAGGUGGCAAGGAGUCGUUAUGGAAGUAUGAUUGGUGUCAGUUCGCACAGCAAACGAAGGACUGCGUCUGCUGAAGGGCACCUCCAGAGUUCCAGGACCAGAAGUACCAAGUCUCAUAGUCGGAGAGCGAGUGAGAGCAGGGCGUCGGAUGACGAGACGCGGCCUCUACUGGAGACGACUUGA